CCAAUCAAAAUUAAGGAUUAACUAAGCACGUGUUGCCAGCAUCCUUUGUCAUAUUCAAAGAAUUAAUAGCGUUGCUUAGUUAGUUUUCAACUCAAAUAAACUCUUAGUUUGUAGUUUUUAACAAAAUGAGUAAUAAUGAAUAUUUUCCUCAUCCAAAUUCGAACGUUGAUGUCUAUAGAAAUAUGUCAGCAGCAGAUCGUUCACCUGUUCCUGAUAAACAUCUGCAGUUCAUAACUGUUUACAAUGAUGAAAAAGCUAUUCUGGGCGCGAGUAAUAUGAUUGAUCGUUAUUGGAGUGGUACAGUAUGGUUUUUUAAUGGAUGUUCAAACUUUGACAGAAAAAAUGCAACCAUAGCAAUGAGAACUGAGAGUGGAGUUUGUGAUGCUGAUUUCUUAGAUAAAGAUAGAUUCGUAGUUACUGAAGAUAGCGGAGUCAUUCAGAUCCUUGAAGUCGUUCAAGCUGCCGACACUAUGAUGCCAGAAAUUCGUUAUUUAAAAUACGAAUGUCAGCAUGAUGAUGGAAUAACUUCGUUAGCUAUUUUUGAUAAUAAGACACAUUUUGUCACUAGUGGAUUAGAUUACUGUAUAAAAGUAUGGCAUGCAGCAGAGCUUUUAGCAGAAAAUUCUUUUUCAUCCUGCCACACUGGAAUUAUAACCAGUGUAGAUGUAAUGCCUAAAAGUGAUUCAGUAUUUGCAUCAACUUCGUUAGAUUGUGAUGCUCUUAUUUGGGAUAUAAAACAAUCUACUCCUGCAACCCAUCUACAUAAAAAAAAUGACAAUGGUUUGACAGCCAUUUCUUGGAAUCCUAGUGAUAGCCAUUAUGUAGCAAUUGGUGCAGAAGAUGGGAGUAUUACUUUAAUAGAUCUACGAUCACCAACUGCAGUUCUUUUUCAAUCUACAGUAUUUUCACGUCCAGUACAUAAGUUAAAAUAUCAUGCUAAACGGAAAAAUUUGUUAGCUGCUUGCAGUGAUGAUACAGUCGUUAAAGUUAUAGAUACAUCUGAAAAUUUGGAUAUAAUAUACGAAAAUAAUCAACACAGUGAUUUUGUUCGUGGAUUUGCAUGGUUAAAAGAUGAAUUAAUAACGUGUUCGUGGGAUAAUAGUGUAUUAAAGCAUACUUUAUCAAAGUUAUCUAAGUGAAUUAUUGACAAAUAUCAAUUUCUCGAAAGAAAAACAGAUUGAUUCAUUCCACUGAAUUGUAUUUUUAUGUGAAUAUCCUUGAAAAAAUUAACUAUCGUUAAAAAAAUUCCAAGUGUUAAAAAAAAAAUUUAUCAAAUAACAUACAGAUUUAAGCUUGUACAUUGAUUGAUUCAAGUGUU